GCACCUGUCCCACACACACAGUCUAUCUCACACACAUAUACAGAGAGAGGCUCUAAUCAGUCGUCCCUAUGUGUGGAUGGGACCAAAGUUACACGGCGACCUCUCAUAGCUCGGCCAUGUUGACCAGUGAGGGGGCGCACACCAUGGAGCAGGACGACACACAACACGGAGUGAAAAUGGCCUCCGCCGCCACCACCACCACAACGACAGCCGCCGCCGGUGCCAGUUCAGACGGAGCGGAGACAAUGACAGACACAGACGUAGACAUGGAGAUGGAGGAGGCGGACAUGACACGCUGGACGGAGGAAGACUUUGAGGAGAAGUGCACGUACAUUGUCAAAGACACACCGUGGGAGGCGGGGCCAGAUGGUGACGCCAUGGCAACGACAACAACCAGAGCAGAGGCGUCUCUGCCCAGAAACCUGGCGUUCAAGCACUCAGCUGAUAGCAAGGUGGUCGGCGUGUGCAGCAGGGAGUACAUCCCCAAGGGAACUCGCUUCGGUCCCCUGGUGGGCGAGAUCUACACGGCCGACAGCGUCCCCAAGGAUGCCAACCGGAAGUACUUUUGGAGAAUCUAUGAGGACAGAGAGUUCCACCACUUCGUCGACGGCCUGGACGAGACCCGCUCUAACUGGAUGCGGUACGUGAACCCUGCCCACUCGGAGGCAGAGCAGAACCUGGCGGCUUGUCAGAAUGGCAUGGAGAUUUACUUCUACACGGUGAAGCCCGUCCCAGCCGGCGCCGAGCUGCUCGUGUGGUACUGCCACGACUUCGCCCGACGCCUCAACUACCCGCCGUCCGGAGAGCUGAUGAUGCAGAAACUCAAGCAGUCUCUCCUGGAGGUCAAGCAGCAGCAGGUGAGCAGUGAGGAGCGUGCGGUGGAAGCCUCCAGCCCGUCCCCCAUCUCGGUGACCCCCACCCCGCCCAAGAGGGAACACAGCGUCCUCUCAAUUCUGCGCGGCACCAACAGCACCUCUUCCUCCUCGUCCUCCAGACGGGAGCCCAGCCGGCCGCUUCCCACCCGCCCCCGCUGCGCCGACAGCCCCGAGCGCCCUUUGUACCCCCGCGCCAUCUACCCGGCUCUCAGGACCCACCCUCACGCCCCCGAAGACUUCCUCGGCCACAAGCCCGGCCAGCUGGGUUACCCUCGUUCCCCUGGCAACCAGUCCUCGGCUACACCCAGCCCGUCGGCGAGGAGCAGCCCAGACAGCAGCCCUCAAGGGAGCCCCUCUGGGCCGGUGCCAUCCCCUGCAUCUUUCUACCCCACCGGACUGAGUCCCUACCCCGGUUACUCCCCGCCAUCUGCACCCCUCUCAUCACCCUUCUACCCUCCAGGAGCCCCUUACUCUCGCUACCUCCUGCCCCAUCAUUACCCUCUGCCCGGAGGAACCGUCCUUCCCAGGAUGUACCCCCUCUACAGCAACCUCCUGCCCCAUCACAUGCCCCUCCUGCCCUCCGACACAGCGGGGUUGAGAUACCUGAUGACCGACCCUCACCGCCCUUCCUCCAUCUCCGCUCACAGAGACUUCCUCUUUCCCGGGCCCACCAGCGCCUUCUCAGCGGCCACCUCUCUGAAGGACAAAGCCGGGCCUCACCACCCUUAUCCGGGGCACCCUCACCCACACGGAUCGGCCCACGCCCCCUCCAGCGGAUCCCCAACAGCAGGCACAGCGCCUCCCAGCGAGCGGGUACCAACCAAGCCUACCUCAGCUAUGCUGGGCAACACCAGCGACCAUCACUCCGACGAGGAGGCCAUCAACUUGUCCAAAGUGAAGCGGGGCAUUGGCUCAGCCGGCUACAAGGCGCUGCCCUACCCACUGAAGAAGCAGAACGGCAAAAUCAAGUACGAGUGCAACGUGUGCAGCAAGACCUUUGGACAGCUGUCAAACCUGAAGGUUCAUCUUCGUGUCCACAGUGGAGAGAGACCCUUCAAAUGUCAGACUUGUAGUAAAGGCUUCACCCAGCUGGCUCACCUGCAGAAACACUACCUGGUCCAUACUGGGGAGAAGCCACAUGAAUGCCAGGUUUGUCACAAGCGCUUCAGCAGCACCAGCAACCUAAAGACUCACCUGCGCCUCCACUCAGGGGAGAAGCCCUACCACUGCAAACUCUGCCCAGCCAAGUUCACCCAGUUCGUCCACCUCAAAUUGCACAAGCGGCUGCACUCCCGCGAGCGUCCACACAAAUGCGCCCAUUGCCACCGCCACUACAUCCACCUGUGCAGCCUCCGACUUCACCUGAAGGGCUACUGCCUGGCGGCCAGCACCGGCCCCAGCACCUCGGCCGCCAUGGAAGAGAUGCAGCGCGCCAACGAGGAGAUCGAGCGCUUCGACGUCAGCGAGCACGCCGAGCAGCUGGAGCAGCUGCAGGGAGGGAUGGAGGUGGAGGACAUGUUGGAGAAGCAGGUCUUGGGGAUGCUGUGGAGGGAGGCCGACAUCGAGUCCUCCCACUUUCACUCCCGCCACAAGAGCAGCGCCAGCGAGCUUCUGUCAGCGGGUUACGGCGUAUACGAGUCCCCAAACGAGACGUCGGUCAUCAAGAUGCGGCGCAGCAGCCCCAUCACGCCACUUCCUGCCAACGUCACUGUCAAGCAGGAGUCAGAGGAUCACGCUUAAAGUUACUUUUGAACCCCAAAGAACAAAAAGUCAGACUGCAUGACUCAAGGCGGACUGGGUUGCCAGGAGCAACAGCUGUAAAUAAAUAAUUCUCUACCUGGUCGUCAUCAGGAGUGACAUCAUGACCACACCAGGUUUUCAACCUAUCAGGGACUCGCGUACUCAGGGCUACAAGAGACACUGUCCCAUGACUACUUAGCGGUAUCAGCGUUCAAUAUACUUAUAGACAAUCAUCUACCCAGGACUUACCUUCAGUGUAAUUAAUAUAAUGCUAUUAUCAUUAUUGUUGUUGUAUUAUUUGGUCUCUAUUUUCAAAUGUCCUUGUUUUUUUUUGUUUUUUUUGAUCAGUUAGUUGUUAUAUAACCUCCUUAAUUUAUUAUACUUUUUAUUUGUUGUCUUCAAAAGCAAUAAGUGGAAGGCAUGGUUACACUGACGGGGUGAAAUCAAUGUAAAAGACUAUUUUUUUUGUUCAUAUUUCGUUUUUUGUUUUUUUUUUCUCUGUGGCCAUUUCUGUGUAGAUAGUCACUCUCUCUAUGCCUGUAUCCGUCCUGUGACCUCUGACCCAUAGAACCAGGGGUGUCCACUCUUCAGGGUUUUAUCUAUUUAAAUUUUUUUAAAACGAUAUAGCAGGUUAAAACAAAAAGGGUUGAAAACCUUGCCAAAUUACGGCACAUAAAUUUGUUAAUUUAGCAAAAAAAAAAAAAGAGCUUUAUUUCAACCUUGCUUGAUAGCUUCCCUAAAAGUAUGUCUGUGUCCUUUUCUGAUGCCUACUUAAUUUAAAACGAAACGAAAAAGGGCAUUUUUUUGUAUAUUUUUCACAACGGUUACCUCAGUGUGCAUGUGAAGACAUGAGUGUGUGUUUAAGUGUGUGUGUUUAAAAGGGACAGCUGAAGGUGGGAGCUUUCUAUUUAUUUGCUUUUUUUGCUACUUGAAGAAGAAGAAACCAAACUGAACUGGAGUGCAGCUCUUCACGUGGUCCAAAGGAGCGGCGGCGGCGGCGUUGGCGGUGAAUCCUCCGCCGGCUCAACAUGUAGCACAUAACGGACUCGGGAGGCCGGCGGGACGCCUCCCUCUCGUUCCUCCUCUUGUUGUUUUUGUUGUUGUUGUUGUUGUUUUUUUUACUGCACUGUCAACCACCCAACAGGGAAGUGAAUGUCCUCAGAUUUAAGGAUUCACACUUGACGCUAGUAACCAAAGUUCAUGUUGCUUUAAUUUCAAACGCACACCAAAAAGACACACAAACACACACACACAAAAAAGAAAAAGAAAAAUUAAAACAAGGGAAGAAGGACUUGAGGAAUCAAAAUGCUGAAGAAGAGAAGAUGUUGUAUGUAUAUGAUGAUGAUGAUGAUGAUGAUGAUGAUGAUGAUGAUGAUGAAGUGUUCGCUCCUUAGCUGUGGUCUCUCAUUUUUUAGACGUUUUGUUGUUUUUUUUUGUUCUUGUUGUUUGUUAAUAUUUUGGUUGAGAAAAAAUAGCCCCCUUCUUCAACCCCACCCGUCCGCCAUCUUGUUAACGAACUGGCAUACACCAAAGCACCUCGGCCUUCUUUUAUGCACUGGCCCCCCCCCCUCUUCCUCCUCCUCCUCCUCUUCCUCCUCCUCCUCCUACUUUAUAAACUUCAGUGCCGAUGCUUGCACCAUUUACAACGUGUACAAUAUCACUGAAACUGGUAAUGAUGGCAUGAAGACUUAACUUAAAUGUUACUACAGCAGCUGUGAUUUUUUGUUUUGCAGCAGCAGCAGUUGUGCAUCAAAAAUCUGAAUUUCCCUGUAACUCCUUCUGAUUCGUUAUGUUUGUCUCUUUACUAAUG